AUGAAUACGUUAAAAGUUACUAAAGAUACUUCUGAAAAGAGGAUACCUCCGAAUAGGUCCAUCAAGAGACUAUCGGUUAAUAAGGUCUAUUCGAUCAAAGUUAAAGGGAGCCAUAUUCCAUCAACCAAGAGAGUUCACACUGAGUCUCAUCAUGUUCUAAAUGAGGCCUCUCUUUUAGGUUCUCAAGCUCAGACUUCCAGUAGACGUAGUGACCUUCAUGAAGUGAAUUCUAUUGAUACAAAUAAAUUUUGAAAGAUUUCUACUAAGAGAAAGGAGGCCAGUUUCAAGCAUUUUCUAUCAAAUACUACUAAAAAUAGAGCAAGAUUUAAGCACAAGCUCCGAGCAGCUUACACCACGAACUUUGGAAGUAUGAAAGAUAAGAAAGCAGUAAUUCAAAGAAACAGAAACCCUAUAAAGUCACUCAACCUUAAAUCUCGUAACAAAUAAGGAAAGUAUUAGUGAAAACCAAGGCAACCAAUUAAGUGUAGGAAGGUAUAGAUCUCGUGGAUAUGGAGUAAGGACUUCUAUGCUAGAGAAUGAGAAUUGCAAUAUCUCUCCUGUUGCCAACCACUCUUUAAUCAAGAAGAGGUAUAAAAAUUCCUUCUCAAAAGAGAACUCAAGCUUAUGAUCCCUCUACAAGAAAGCCCAGGAUAAAGUAGAAGAUAAUACCUCUAAUCCCGGAACACUAGAUGACACAAAGAAAAAGUUGACUUUAAGAGAGCUGCAUCCAAUGAUGAUGAGCAACAAAGAUAUUUCAGAUGCCAACUCACGCAACAGCAGAAAGAUCAAGUACUCCAAGCUGCCUAUCCAAAGCUCAAGGAGAGAAAGUACUUCAAGAAGAAGUUCGAAAAGUGAGUCUAAAUUUUUACUACUGCAGCCUAGUUCCAUCAAGCAAUCAAGAAUCAUGAAGCAUAAAACUCUCAAUGAGCUUAAAUAACAAAUCAGUAGAGAAAACAGUCAGUGACAUCAAGACGGGUUCUGUACUUCAGAAGUGGCUUACCAAAGGAAGGUCAACCACUCCAAGCAGCCCUGUUAUAGGAGAAAAUCUUCUCAAGAAAGCUAGGAAAGCUACCCUGAUCCCUAAUUUCAAAGCAUCAGAUAUCUCUUGAAAGCAGACCCAAGGAUGCCUCAAAACUUUUAAAAAGAAGAUAAAGAGACUCAACAAUGUUCACAAGAAGUUUGGAAAGAACUCCCAGCUGAAUAACUGCAAGAGACUCACUUAUGAUAACGCUAACAGUUUAAAAACCUCUGUGUUGACUGAGAACAUCAGAAGUUCAGUGCUUAACACCAAGGCUACUGUGAACCUAAAUAUUCAGCCUGAUGUAAAUAUCCUUCAUAAUAAGGAAGACAAUAUGAAGAUGCACCCGAUCAGUGAGAUUUUUGAUGAAGAAAAUAAAGAGAACAAGGAGAAUAAAGAAAGCAACGCUAUAUAUGAGAACAACUAUGAGAGACACAGGAUCCUUGCGAGUUAUAAGAGCUCUGGUCAGUUUGCUAAAUUUUGCCAGAACCCAACAAACCAAGUGGAGGCUUAUAAGAAGACCAUCUUUGAUGAUUCUAACAUUAUUUCGUCAUAUAAGAGCAAUGAUGAGGCAAAUUUCUCCAUUAAGAUGAGUGAUACUGACUCCAGAAGGUUAGAUAACCUCAAAGAUUACUCUACUACAGACAAAUUAUUCUCUACAAAUGUAUCUAUUGAUCCUAAUUCCUGUGAUGAGGAAAUCAAGAAGAUCAACUUUUUGCCUAAGAUAAAAGGCAACCAAUGCAGCUGCAUGCUGUCAAGUGUUUCUACACUGAAGUGAUGAAUCAGCAUGCAGAAGUGGCUCUCUAUUUGAUUCUUAGGCGAAGAAGAUCAGAGCUUUAAUCCCAGGGAUAACCCUGAAUUUAACAAACUGAUAGAGUUCUUUUACCGCACAAAAAUUGACGAGAAACAAUGUGAUGAAGACUCACAACUUUGUAAGGAUCUGAACAGAACUUUCCAGAUGAUGCCUUAUUUUAGAGAGGGAUCAAGAGGGUACUCUGAUGCUAGAAAACUACUCUUAAAGUUCCUGGCACAUCCAUUAUCAGCAGAAAGUGGAUAUGUACAAGGUAUGAACAUGAUUGCAUCGACUCUGUUGUAUCAUGGUCAAGCUGAUGUUGCCUUUUGUCUAUUCGUUAAAAUGUUUGAAAAGCAUAACAUAAUUCAUAAUUAUGAACCAGGAAUGCCUGGAAUUACAGACCACUGUUUGAUUCUAGAAAAGAUGGUAUCUCAGCACUGCAGAACUCUUUAUAAUUACUUCCAUACACAAGCUAUUCCGGUUCAAAUGUACACAAUUGAGCUAAUAUGAGGUCUGUUUGGAGGCAAAAUUCCGAUUGAGAAAUACAAACUAUUUUACGACAACUUCAUUCCAAAAGGUUGGCCAUUCUUCUAUGCACUGGUAGUUCAAUUCUUAGAAGAAAUUCAAUUUAACAUUAUGGAAGAGGAGGAGUUAACUCCUCAAGCUGCAAAUGCGCAUAAUGCUCCGAAUCUAAAGUGGGAUCAGCUCAUUAGCAAAGCUAUUGACUUUGAGUAUAGCCAUAAAUAUUUCAAUUAG